UACACUUUAUUUGUAUUUUUAAAUGGACUUUAAUCAAAUUUUUUUAUUAUAAUUAAAAAAAAAUUAAUAAAAAUAUUCAAGAAAAAUAUUUUUAAGAUAAUUUUAAAAAAGUAAAUGAUAGCUAUUAAAUUUUUUAUAUUAACAAUAAUACUAUUCUUGAGUGUAGCUUUAGCAAAUAAUUUGCAAGAACAAACUAUCUAAACCACAUAAAAUAAUAAUUAAGGAGAUACUAAAUAUCAGUGCUAGAAAACAAGAUAAAUGUGUGCAGCUAAUGAUCCUAAAAAUGUAUUUCUUUAAUGCUGUGAGCCUUAUAAGUGUGUUGCAAAAUAAGGCUAAGUUUUUGGAAUUUGUUAAGUUAUAUGA